GCAUUUCUAGUUUACUCAUCCACCAGUACCGAAAAUGUUCGAGAGGAUUACUUCUCUAUGGUUCCCUGCGCCAGAGAAGCCCUAUGAUCCCACGGACCCGAAAAUGAAUCCCUUGAACCCACAAGGACUCAAACCCUGUUGUGCGUGCCCGCAAACUAAGUCUGCACGAGAUGAUUGUUUCCUGAAGUAUGGCACAACGGAUGGUGAUGAGAAAUGCCAAGAAUUGGUGCAAAGGCACCUUGCGUGCAUGCGAGGGCUUGGUUUUAAGCUUUGAAGGUUCUGCGGGCGCUUAUUAGAAGAAGCGAACCAAUCCCCACUCAUUCUAUAAUUAUUGUCGUGUAUACACGUGGAAUUCAGUUUCUCAUCCAAGAUGAAAAUAGAGAACG